CGCGGUAGAGACGCUGGCCUCGCUGGAGCUCAGGGCUGGGCGGAGGCGAAAGGGACUCACUGGCGGCGGCGGCGGCGGCCCAUCGGGGCGUCUUCGGCGAAGGCGGGGGUAACUGGAAAGGAAACUGAAAAGCCUUCAACAGAGGUACAGUGACAUUUGAGGGAAAACAGAUUCUGCCUUUUUGACACAUCUGAGUGAAGUCGCCAAACAUGUCCGGAAUCAAAAGAACUAUAGAAGAGAUGGACCCAGACUACGAGGAGAUCUCGCAUGUACCUACAAAUAAACGUCAUAAAGUAGCUGAGCAGUCAGCACGAGAUGCUGCAGUACAGAAGAUUGAGGCAAUUAUUAAAGAGCAGUUUUCUGUAGAAAUGAAGAAUAAAGAACAUGAGAUUGAAGUCAUAGAUCAGCGCUUGAUUGAAGCAAGAAGAAUGAUGGAUAAACUGCGAGCCUGCAUUGUUGCAAACUACUAUGCUUCUACUGGUCUUCUUAAAGUCGGAGAGGGAACCAAGACCUGCGACCCUAUGGUUUUUAACCAUCCAUCUAUCAAGAGAUUUUUGGAAUCUCCCUCCAGAUCAUCGUCUCCUGCUAAUCAGGGGUCAGAAACUCUGUCAGUUAACCAUUCAGAGAGUGAAUCAUCCCAGCACAUGGACUUUCUGAUGGGAAAGGACAAUGGCAGCCUGGAUGUAGAAGAGCGAUUAUCAAACAAGCUCGACCAGAGGCUGAGCAAGAAUUCUGGGCAGGGCACUUCUGGUGUUGCUAGAGGUCACAAAGGGGGCCUGAGAAAUGCUGGCCACUCAAAUGAUGAACAUUCGCGGCUGUUUGUGAAGAAAACCAUAGUGGUUGGCAAUGUCUCCAAGUACAUUCCUCCUGACAAGCGAGAAGAGAAUGACCAGUCCACUCAUAAAUGGAUGGUGUAUGUACGAGGGUCCCGAAGAGAGCCCAGCAUUCAUCACUUUGUUAAGAAAGUCUGGUUCUUUCUUCAUCCCAGCUACAAACCUAACGAUCUUGUCGAAGUCAGAGAGCCUCCUUUCCACCUGACUAGACGGGGCUGGGGAGAGUUUCCUGUCAGGGUUCAGAUUCAUUUCAAAGACAGCCGGAACAAAAGAAUUGAUAUCAUACACCAUCUGAAGUUGGAUAGGACAUACACAGGUCUCCAGACGCUAGGUGCUGAAACGGUGGUGGACGUUGAAUUGCACCGGCAUUCUUUUAGAGAAGAGUAUGUCUUCUCCCAGUCUUCAGAUUCUGAUCUUUCUGAUGCCCCCACCUCGUUGCAUUUGCCAUUAAAUAUGCCAGCGCCUGUAAAAGCAUCCUCACCAAUAAAGCAGAUGCAUGAAUCCAUUACGCACACUUCUGUUGAGAAAGGGUUCAGAUCUGAAGCCGAAAGACAUACAACCUUCUAUUCCUUGCCAUCAUCUUUAGAACGGACUCCCACAAAGCUGGCUCCACAGAAAGUUACUUUUGGUUCUCACGGCAACUCAGCUUUUCAGCCAAUUGCUGCUAGUUGCAAAAUAGUGCCUCAGGGUCGAAUCCCAAGCCCUGCGGAGUCUCCGGGCAAGUCUUUUCAGCCCAUCACCAUGAGUUGCAAGAUUGUGUCAGGAUCUCCAAUAUCGACCCCAAGUCCUUCUCCACUACCUCGAACUCCAACUUCCACUCCAGUCCAUAUGAAGCAUGGGGCUGCCACCCCUUCAGUCAAUAACCCGUACGUUAUUGUGGACAAGCCUGGUCAACCGGUUGGGGCAGCGGCCACGAGCACAGGUAGCCCUGGAAGUAAGGCUACAAGUGUUUCUCAAGCUUCUCAAGGGACGGCAUCUCCCGUAUCCAAGAUCCCUGGGAGCAGUUUAGUAACCUCUGCUGUCAAGCAGGAAGACUCUCUCUUUGCAACCAUGCCGCCUUUGUGUCCAAUUGGGAGUCAUUCCAAGGUACAAAGUCCUAAAUCUGUGACCGGAGGAUUUGGAACAUUUACAAAGGUAAUAAUCAAGCAAGAGCCUGGAGAACCGCCCCAACAGUCUCCAGCACCAGCACCAGUGACUGCGACAACCUCUCAGACCUCAGUGCAGCAAUACGUUACGGUGAAAGGAAGUCACAUGAUUGCUUUGUCACCCCAGAAGCAGAUUGUGAGCACUGGAGAGGGAUCCACAUCAUCCAAGGUCAUUGGUGUUCCAGUCGGGUCUACUUUACCCAAGCAAGCUGUGGCUAUCGGUGGCGGGCAGAUACUAGUAGCAAAAUCCAGCCCUUCAGUCACAAAGGCCGUUGGUGGAAAGCAAGUUGUAACACAAGGAGUUGCAAAAGCAAUUGUGAGUGGCGGUGGAGGGACCAUCGUGGCUCAGCCUGUGCAGACUUUAACGAAAGCUCAGGUGCCCUCAGGAGCUCCCAAAAGUGGAACCCAAGGACCAGUGAUGGCAACAUUGCAACUUCCAGCCACAAAUCUGGCCAACUUGGCAAAUCUGCCCCCCGGGACUAAGCUGUACCUUACCACAAACAGCAAGAACCCUUCUGGGAAAGGAAAGCUGCUGCUUAUACCUCAAGGAGCCAUUCUGCGAGCCACAAACAAUGCCAAUCUGCAGUCAGGCUCUUCAGCAAGCGGAGGUGGGGCAACCCAAAGCACAAGUACUGGCUUAUCACAGCAUCUUACCUACACGUCCUACAUCCUCAAGCAAACACCACAGGGCACCUUUUUAGUUGGCCAGCCAUCUCACCAGAGUUCUGCGAAACAAGCAACAUCUGGAACAGUUGUGCAAGGUAAUGCAAGUGCCGGGACACCAUCUGCACAAGGACACCAGGCGUUGAAAGUGAUAACUGGACACAAAACGGCAGCUCUGUUUGCACAGGCAGCUUCCAGUGGACAAGCAUCACUGAUGAAAAUAUCCGAUAAUACCCUGAAAACCUUGCCAGCAUCCUCGCAGCUCUCAAAACCUGGCACCACUGUGCUAAGAGUAUCUGGUGGAGUGAUCACUGCAGCGACAACGUCGUCCGUGACUCUGCCAACAAAUGGAGUUGCACAGCAAGCGGACAGUGCAAGUUCUAGCUCAUCUCCAGCUGCAGGCCCUGUAGUGAAGGCGUCUGGACAGCAGCCACAAGUUUCUGCCAACCAGGGCCAAGCAGCAUCGGCUGUGCCCAAUAAAACAAAUGCAUCUGCAGUUGUAAGCAUUGCUUCUUGGGUGGCUGCCCCAGCCCCAACAUCUGGGAAAACUGCAGUAUCAGGAUUGUUAAAGAUCCACUCCAGUCAAAAUAGUCCCCAGCAAGCUAUUUUGACGGUUCCCAGCCAACUCAAGCAACUUGGUGUGAGUGCUGCCUCUGGAGGAGUCCAAACAAUAUUGAUGCCCGUGAACAAAGUGAUACAAUCACUUUCAUCCAGCAAAGUGUCUGCUGUCACACCCGUAACCUCAACAAAUGCAGUUGUUCCAAGCCCUUCUGCAGUGUCUGUUGCAAAAGUUAAGCUGGAGCCUGAUUCAGGAGGACAGAGCUGCAGUUCGCUUGUCUCCCAAGAUGGUCAGGUGACAGUGAAAGCAGAGGAAAAUUCUGAACUUGGAAACUAUGUCAUUGGGACAGAGUAUUUGGACAACCUCCAGCAACUUUUGACAGCAAUAGUAAAGAAAGUGCCAUUGAUUGCUGAGAGAACUGAAGAUGCCAACUCUUAUUGUGCCAGUUCUGUGGAACAAUAUUAUAGCUGGAAUAUUGGAAAACGGAGAGCUGCAGAGUGGCAACGAGCACUGACAAUAAGGAAAAUUCUCCACGAAAUCAUAGAGAAACACCCAAAAUUUCACAGCAUUGCCCCCUUGAAAACAAAGCAGGUUGUAAAUUGGUGUCGCUCCCGUGGCUACACACCACCUGACCCGGAAACACUGAGGAAUGAAGAUUCCAUAGAAGAUGUGCUGACACAAAUAGACAACGAGCCAGAAUGCUCAUCUUCUUACACCACUGGGGAAGAACUGUGUCGAAAGCUGGAAGAGCUGGAGCGGUUCCUCAAGCAAGAGCCAGACAAUGACGAGGAAAUAGACAUUAUCAACGUUGCUGAGCCUCUGAAAAUAAACAUUAAAAAGGAACCAGAGGAGAAGCAAGAGGAAGCAAAGUUCUACUUGGCACCCCAACCUACAUCAGAGUUUGUGCGUGAGACAGUGGAGCAGAUAGGAAUUUCCUUUCAGCCCGUAGAGCUGCACAAGAACGUCUAUGCGUCCGUAAUAGAAGAUAUGAUUUUAAAGGCCACAGAGCAGCUGGCAAGUGAUAUACUAAGAGAAGCUUUGGCAGUUGGUUACCAAGCAGCACCUCACAGCAGGACUCCAAGAGAGAUUACCGUGAUGAAUAUUCACCAAGCCAUCUGUAACAUUCCCUUUCUGGACUUCCUCACAAACAAGCAUAUGGGCAUAUUGAGUGACGAACAGUGAUCUGGCUGGAAAUCAACAUGAACAGCAGAAUAAAGAUCUUGGCACAAUCCCAUUGUGUUCAAAUAAAUAUAUAUUUUAGUGUUUGGACUAGGCUACCUUGGAUACUACAAAUUAGUGUUUCAAAAAAAAUUAAAAAGAGAAAAAUCUUUUAAAAAAAAGACCUGUUCCAAAUUAUCUGCCUAAUUUCAUUAGCGGUUGCUCCUAGGUGAGCUACCUGUGAAAAUUAUGAUAGCACAUUAGAUCAUGGCCUAGACUGCUGGACUCCUGCUUUAGCAAGGAAAUGAUUCAUUGCAUAGGGCUAAGUUAGUGUAAUUCAGAAAUAAAUGCAAGCUUCCUAUUCUCUUUGGAGAAUAGCUUCCUCUGACAUUGGUGGUUAAUUGUAAUGAUGGUGGUUAAUUGUAAUGAUGGUUACCGGAAACAAGCCAAAUUCAACCUAUAGUUCAUGAAGCUGGCUUGUUUUCACUUGCCAUCAGUUGGACAAUAUGUUAAACUCUGGUUAGUCUAGGACAGAAGCAAAAGCUUCUGAUAUCCUUGCUGUUGCAUCAGAGGAAGGGAAGCAUACAAGCCCCACGAGAGUCUUGCUCUUGUAACAUUAGACCAGGCUUCCUCAACCUUGGCCCUCUAGGUGUUUUUGGCCUACAACUCCCAUGAUCCCUAGCUAGCAGGACCAGUGGUCAAGGAUGAUGGGAAUUGUAGUCUCAAAACAUCUGGAGGGCCGAAGUCAAGGAAGCCAGCAUUAGACCAGUGUUUCCCAACCUUGUGCCUCCAGAUGUUUUGAGACUACAAUUCCCAUCAUCCCUAGCUAGCAAGACCUGUGGUCAGGAAUGAUGGGAAUUGUAGUCCGAAAACAGCUGGAGGCACAAGGUUGGGAAACACUGCAUUAGACCAUGACUGAGCAUUACAUACCAAUACAACCAAUGAGUGGCUUAGGUGUAUAAAAAGGCAGCAAAUUCUGUUAUGGUGUAAGAUGACAUAAUAAAACAUGGUAAGAAUUCGUCUAGGCUAGGUUGAAAGCUUGUCCAAGUUGACAAAUAUUGGCUCUCAAAAGGAAGUUGUUGCCAACCCUCAAAUCACAUGCCUAAUUUUUCAUCUAUACUGCGAAAAUAAUAUUCUGUCUCCCCUCCCCCCCAAUGGACCACAAUUGGAUCCUUUACUUGACCAAUAAAAAAAAGUUAAGCUAUAGCACACUGAGCUUUCCUCUAAUUUUUUGCUGAGUCAGUUCAAAUCUUACUUUAUUUUCUGAUUUUAAAAUCUUAAAUUGUGAGGAGCCAUUUGUUUGAAUUCCAGAUAAUAGGAAUUGUUUAGCCCACACUAAAGUAUGUAAUUGGAAUGUAAUACCUUGGCUCAGAGAAUACUUUCUCCAAAAUUUGUUGGUUUUCAUGUAUGUGGCUCUUAGAAUAUUAAGGCACUAGGAAGUACAGUUUUAAAAAGAUUUUUUUUAAUGUAAAAAAAUCAGUCCAUUUGGUGACCUAGAUACAGUCCAUGUGUGGCUUCCUUCUCGUGAUCUUUACUGAAAACAUGCAGUGCCCUGCCGGACACUUCUCCAACAUUUUACUGACCACACUGAACAAUCCAAAUUAUCAAAGGGGAGAUAAAUUUCAAUGAAAUUAACCUGGGUAGAGUGCAGAGUUUUUAUUGUGCUCAGCAUACUUUCAAGGUGGCUAUACAGUGUUUGUAGGGGACGUGGGUGGUGCUGUGGUCUAAACCAGGCAUCCCCAAACUUCAGCCCUCCAGAUGUUUUGGACUACUAUUCCCAUCUUCCCUGACCACUGGUCCUGUUAGCUAGGGAUCAUGGGAGUUGUAGGCCAAAACAUCUUGAGGGCCGCAGUUUGGGGAUGCCUGAUCUAAACCACUGAGCCUCAGGCUUGCUGAUCGGAAAGUCAGGGGUUCAAAUUUGCACGACAGGGUGAGCUCCCGUUGCUCUGCCCCAGCUUUUGCCAACCUAGCAGUUCGAAAGCAAAGCAGUGCAAAUAGGUACCUCUGUGGCAGGAAGGUAAAUGGCGUUUCUAUGUGCUUUGGUUUCCAUCAUGGUGUCCCAUUGUGCCAGAAGCAGUUUAGUCAUGCUGGCCACAUGACCUGAAAAGCUGUCUGUGGACAAAUGCCAGCUCCCUCAGCCUGAAGCGAGAUGAGCACCGCAACCCCAUACUCACCUUUGACUGGAUUUAACUGUCCAGGGGUCCUUUACCGUUUUCUUUUUAGGGUGUUUCAGCAUUGUUUUCUUUCAUUCUGUAAGUCAUUCUGCAACCUUCCUGGAUGCCCACACAUCCUGAAAAACCCAUAACCUUCCGAAGCUGUGCAGAAGACAGCAAUGCUGAAUACCAGGUGCCUGGCCUGCUGUUCAGGAGGGGGGAGGUUGGGGGGGGUGUAAGCUGGGUCUCUCAAUGCAACAAAGUUUUUGGGUGGUUAAAAAAAAGAUUUCAGUAACAAAAUGUGAUCAGCAUGUGCACCAAUCUUAGAAGCUCAGUAGCACACAUCCUGGCUUCUCACACUUCAAUUAAAACUCAGGGGAAGAUAGGAGAUAUCACAAAGCUAUCCCACUGGACAUUUUGAGAUUUGGAAUUGCAGGCAGUUAGGGAGGCUAUAGAGUAUUGCAAAAAAGUUUUAACGGGAAGCGGGAAAUACCAACAUACACCCGCUGCUCAGCUGCCUCAAACAAUAAGGUAAGCUAAAAAUAAACCCACACAGUAUAAAGAAAUUCUAAAGCACCCUGAGAAAGUGGCAGAAAAACAGACACCUGUUUGCCAGGUGGAGAGAACUUUGAGGGCAUGUUUCGGCAUGAAAACCCUUAACCUCGCUGUCAGGCUUGUUGACAUUUAACUAGUCCACUCACAGGCCAGCAGCAAAAAGUACUAACAUCUAUCAGUAGAUGACUUGUAGGUGAACAAUCUGAAAAUAGAGCAAGAACACUGAAACCAAUAUUAAUCAACCUAACAAAGAAAGGCUGUUGUAUUGAGAUAGCAAAGGAGCUGUUUCUCGGUGGAAAGGGGGGGGGAUCUGCCCCAUCCAAAGUUCAGCAUGCUUCAAGUGAUUUUUAAAUUUAUUUUGGGCAAACUUCCUUCAUUGGGAAAUGAAAAUGGUGCCCAGCAGUUACUCUAGGCUGGUUCGGUAAUGGUGAAGUAAUAAUGCUGCUUCCACACACCCAGAUUGCUUUUGCUAAACCAAAGUGAAUGCUUUCAAAUGUGUUGAAGGCUACCAUUGUCCAAAACGGUCCUUGGCUUAAAUUCUUUGCUUUGCCUGUAUUAUAAUGUAUAAUUGUGUAAUAUACAUUUACAAUAAAUUUUCUUUAUUAAACAUGA